CCCGACGGCUUUUCCUGCACAACAAUCAUCGCCAGUCCCGGAUACUGCAGUCUAAAGCAAGAUGGCAAAUUCCAAAUAUGAAUAUGUCAAGUCAUUCGAGCAACCGGACGUUCUACUUCCCAAUACAUGGAUUGUGGUCCGGAUCGAUGGCAGAGGCUUCCACAAACUCUCUGAUUAUUAUGGCUUCAUAAAGCCCAAUGACCGUCGGGCCCUAGACCUAAUGAAUGCCGCAGCCGUCGGCGUCAUGAAAGAUCUUCCUGAUCUUUGCAUCGCCUACGGUAUUAGCGAUGAGUACAGUUUCGCUUUUCAUCCCAACUGCCAAUUAUUUGAGCGGCGGAGUGCCAAACUAGUAACGACCAUUGUGUCAACAUUCACGGCGCAUUACAUCUAUCUAUGGGGGACGUAUUUCCCCGAUACGCCGCUGCAGCCAGCAGCUCUGCCUUCGUUCGAUGGAAGAGCAGUGAUGUAUCCGAACUCCAGAAUUUUCAGGGAUUAUAUGAGCUGGCGGCAGGUGGAUUGUCAUAUCAAUAACCUUUACAAUACGACUUUCUGGUCCAUGGUCCUGCAAGGUGGGAUGGAUAGAAGAGAAGCCGAACUGGAGUUAAAGGGCACCCUGUCUUCUGACAAGAAUGAGAUCCUCUUCAAGAGAUUCGGCAUCAACUAUAACAAUGAAGAAGAAAUUUAUAAGAAGGGCAGCGUCUUAUAUCGCCAGUAUCAACUAGAGGAAAGUUCAGACUCCAGCGUGCAGGAAGAAACAUCACCAUUGCAGGAGGACACGCCCUCCAAGACACAGCAGGAGAAGAUCCGCAAACUGCGUCGCAAAGUGCAGGUCGUGGUCGACCAUGUCGACAUCAUCAAGGACGAGUUCUGGGAGAGACGGCCAUGGAUUCUCUCCGGCAAGCCCGGAAAGCUGCCUACAGAGGCGAAGGAAGUAGCAUGAUGAUAUGACGAUUAAAAGAAUGAUAAUGAAAAU